AGAUCUUCCUGACGUCCCCGAAAGCGGUGGUGCGUUUCGGCGCGAUCCGCACGCUGAACCUGCUCGCCCAGCACAGGCCCAACAUGGCCGCGAGGUGCAACGUCGACAUGGAGACGCUGCUCUCCGACCCCAACCGCAACACCGCGACGCUGGCGCUGACGACGCUGCUGAAGACGGGCCACGAAUCCAACGUCGAGAGCCUCGUGAAGCAGAUCACGACGUUCAUGUCCGACAUCAGCGACGUGUUCAAGAUAGAGGUGGUCGCCGCCGUCAAGGGCCUGUGCCUCAAGUACCCGUCGAAGUACAAGACUCUCAUGUCGUUCCUCUCCACGAACCUCCGAGAGGACGGGUCCGCGGAUUUCAAGAAAGAUCUCGUGGAUGCGCUGCUGCUGAUCAUCUCGAAGGCGCCGCG